AUGCAAAGCCUCAUUCAGAAGGGAAGGAAUGCAGACAGGCACACGGCUGCCAAGUUGCGGCACUGGGUCAUUCUCGAGAAUCCCAGUUCAUCGGGACACAUCUGCCGCACUCCCACCAUGAGGGGUGCAGAGGUGGCCCUGGUGUGCUGGGCUUUGACGGAGAUAGUGCUGUUGCUCCGCGACCACACGGUGUCACAACUCCCGGGCCACGGGGAAGGCGGCCGGGGCGAUGUUCCAGGAAUAUUAAUUCUCCACCGCCGGCUCACUCCCACCACACGCAUGCGCCUCCUGCACCGCCGGCUGAUGUUCGGGGAUCAGGGGACCGGGCAGGGGGACAGGAGACCAGCAAGAGGCAGAGCCCAGGUGGUAAACCCUUCCUGGGGCCUGGGGCCCCCCGGGUGGGAAGCACACAGGCCCUGGACACGUGCACAGCAGGGGGACCAGCUCUAUGCCUGCCCCUGGGAGACAGGCCGUGGAGGUCCCACUGGCUCCUUCUCCCAGAUGAGGACGUGGAGGCUGCGGGAGGCUUGCCGCUAUGCCGUGGACCCAUUGCCCGCCUCUGCUCUUUUCACUGCUGCUUCUGAGAAUUUGCUCUUCCCAGCUCUUCGGAGGCACCAACUUGGGGGGCGGUGCCGAGAGCCAGCGCAGCUGUGCCUGGCUCCUGAGGGCUGCAAGCGGGCUGCUGGAGGCCCCAACGCCCAGCCUUGCCUGGAGCCUCCUGGCUGGGAUCACAGCCCUGCGGCGUUCGAGCUGCUGCCCACCAGCCGGCCCCCUGGCAUCGGGCCCGGGAUGCCAGCCAGCCGGGAGAGGAGGCAGCUUGGCUGGCAGCCAGCUCACGGUGCCCGAGCUGUCAGCCAGGAGGCAGGCCCGGCAGGGCUGAGACCCCCCGCCUCUGAACGGGGCCCUUGGCCAGGCUACGGGACAGGGCCAAGCUUCUCAUCACCACAGCUACAAGGGGGCCCUGCGGGUGCCCGCUCCAAGCUGGGCUCAGGGACGUAA